GCCGUGCUGAGACCCCUGUUGUCUGUCCCACAGGGGCUGAACGGUGGGAACGAAUGCCCAUUGCCAGUAAACGCCGAAUACGCGUUCACCUGUCUUGCCUGCGCAUGCAUUCACAUACCUGCCCAGCUUGCCCAGGUACCCACGGAUGGGGCUAGCCGGUACCCCUAGUGGGGAUCUGGAGCACCGGGAGAGCUGUGACGACACUGCUCCAAAAGGCAAGUAGCUCGACCUCGGCCGACGGCAACCGUCGGUCUUGGAUGGCUACGGCGUGUCGCACGCUUUUGUCCAGGCCCAACUUGCAGUUUGAAUCCGGUUGUCGUUCUUCUACCUAGACCUAGACACUGCCUAGGUAGACUCUAGACCCCAGGUAUUUGCCCAUUCGGUCAAGUCCUUGCACCACCAGCCACAGCGCCCCGCCCGCUUUCGAUAUUGGCAUCCCUUACUCCCGCGGCAUAGCGUCGUCGCCCCGCUGCUUAUCGCCAUAGCUGCGGAACUUGACUCUCAUUGCUCCAAGAUGCAAAGUCUCCGGAGUCUGAGGCCAAUUGCCUCCAGGCUCCAGUCCUCGACGCUGCCACGAGUCUCCCGCGCCUCUUUCUCCGCCUCGACGAGAAUGAGCUACGAAUAUAUUCAAGUUUCCGAGCCGAAGCCCGGUGUUGGGCAAGUCACACUGAACCGGCCCAAAGCUCUCAAUGCCCUGUGUACCCCGCUGAUCACCGAGCUCAACGAGGCUCUGUUGAAGUUCAAUGCCUCGGACAGCGUCGCGGCCAUCAUCCUGACGGGCUCCGAGAAGGCCUUCGCGGCUGGCGCAGACAUCAAGGAGAUGGCGCCCCUCACUUUCUCGCAGGCGUAUCGCAACUCGUUCAUCGAGUCCUGGUCCGACCUGACGACCCAGAUCAAGAAGCCCAUAAUUGCCGCGGUCUCUGGGCACGCGCUGGGCGGAGGAUGCGAACUGGCUAUGAUGUGUGACAUUAUAUAUUGCACGGACAAGGCCAACUUUGGCCAGCCAGAGAUCAAGCUUGGCACCGUCCCGGGAGCCGGAGGAAGCCAGCGCCUGACGAGGGCCAUUGGCAAGUCUAGGGCCAUGGAGCUGAUCCUCACUGGGAAGUUCUUCUCCGGGCGGGAGGCUUACGAGUGGGGAGUCGCCGCCAGGACAUUUCCGACCUACGAGGAACUAAUGCAGGCUACAUUGAACACAGCCGAGACCAUAGCCGGCUACUCAAAGGUUGCCGUGCAGGCUGGCAAGGAGGCUGUCAACAAGAGUCAGGACCUGCCGUUGCGGGACGGUGUGGAGUAUGAGAGGCGCGUCUUCCACAGUCUGUUUGGCAGCCAGGACCAAAAGAUUGGCAUGAAGGCAUUUGCGGACAAGACGAAGGCAGAGUGGAAGCACGAGUAGGUGAAAAUCAUAAACCAAUCAAGCUACUGCCAUCUCGGAAACACAGAAGUAUAAUACACAGCCGGCCAGAGCAAGAGGUGUGCUGUACUUCUGGCAACAUGCAUAAACCACGCCACGCCCAAUUGAACGAUCGCGUCCACGUCACUCAUCGCACUGAGGUCGUUCGAGAGUGCUUAAGCCUGCGUGAGGACGUCCUUCAGCAGGGCAUCCCUGAGCAAAUCGCCUCGC